GAAAUAACGUGGUCUGUUCCCUCUUCUGUCCAGUUCUCUUUAGUGUUUGCCAAUGUUGGAGGUGUAACUGGGGUCUGGCCCUGGACAAAGGAAUAGAGCAUGGCUCAAGUGAAAGUACAGACCUCAGCACCCCUGGCUGGUCCUGGCCUCUCCCCCGGAGUUCCCCCAACGGCCAUGGCCAGCCCAGGAUCCCUGGGUCUGCAGCCCUCCGUCAAUGGCACAGGCCCGGCCCCCACACCCGCCUGCCCUGCUCCUGCAGUCGGAUAUGGGGACGCCCCUGUGUCUGCCACACCGCCAGGCCCACCCCAGGAGAACAUGGCAAACCCUAAAGAGAAAACUCCAAUGUGUUUGGUGAAUGAGUUAGCCCGUUUCAAUAGGAUCCAACCACAGUACAAGCUCCUCAAUGAGAGAGGUCCAGCACACGCUAAGAUCUUCACCGUGCAGCUGACUCUUGGGGAGCAGGUAUGGGAGGCGGAGGGCACCAGCAUUAAAAAGGCCCAGCACUCCACAGCCACCAAAGCACUGGCCGAGAGUGUCCUUCCCAGGCCAGCGCCCCGUUCCCCUAAAGUGGACGUCAACAGCAACCCAGGCAGUAUAACACCCACAGUGGAGCUGAAUGGUCUGGCCAUGAAGAGAGGAGAGCCAGCUAUAUACAGGCCUUUGGAUCCUAAGCCCAUGCCCAACUAUAGAGCUAACUACAACUUCAGAGGGAUGUUCAACCAAAGGUACCAUUAUCCUGUUCCUAAGAUCUUCUAUGUGCAGCUGUCUGUGGGGAGUCAUGAGUUUAUUGGUGAGGGACGCACCCGUCAAGCAGCGAGACACAACGCUGCUAUGAAGGCCCUGCAGGCCCUGCGCAAUGAACCAAUCCCAGAACGGCCACCACAGAACCUAGAAGAGAAAGGGGAGACUGAGGAAGGCACUGAUGCCAGCAAAUCAGAGAUCAGCCUGGUCUACGAAAUUGCGCUCAAGAGGAACUUGUCUGUUAACUUUGAGGUGUUGAAGGAGAGUGGCCCCCCACACAUGAAAAGUUUCCUGACUCGCGUCACUGUGGGGGAGUUCUCUGCCGAGGGCGAGGGCAACAGCAAGAAGCUAUCCAAGAAGCGUGCCGCUCUGUCCAUCCUGCAGGACCUAAAGAAGCUGCCUUUCAUCCCCGCCGUGGAGAAACCCAAGACGCACUACAAGAAACGUACAAAGACCAUCCUCAAGACAGGACCAGACUAUGGCCAGGGCAUGAACCCGAUCAGCCGUCUGGCCCAGAUCCAACAGGCCAAGAAGGAGAAGGAGCCCGAGUACCUGCUACUCUCUGAGAGGGGGAUGCCCCGACGCCGGGAGUUCAUCAUGCAGGUGAAGGUGAACAACGAGGUUGCCACAGGAACGGGACCUAACAAGAAGGUGGCCAAGCGGAACGCAGCUGAGGCGAUGUUGCUGCAGCUAGGAUACAAGGCCUCGACAGUCCCUCAGAACCCCACCGAGAUGGACAACAAAGGCUGGAAUGGACAAAAGGCAUCUUUUACCGAAGUGACAAGUAACACCCAGAAGGGUCUGCUCCACCUCAGCCCCGACGUCUACCAAGAGAUGGAGGCCAGCAGAAAGCAGGGGGGCAGUGCUUCAGGCCCCGUUGGCAGCAGUGGCGGCUCCGUCAACUACAUAACAUCCAAAGACAUGGGGCCCUGCUCUGCCCCGCUGCCCCCAGGACACCCUCCAUACUACAGUGGCUCAGCCUCCUCACCCAGCCCAACAGCUACUAUGGCCAGGGAGCUGCUGCUUAACGGUCAGUCACCCACUGCCGAUGCUUCCCUAGCCAUAAAGGGGAAGAACCCGGCCAUGGCCUGUGGCGUCUCGGUGCAGCCCGCACAGCAGCUGGACUACCUGGCUCGCAUCCAGGGUUUCCAGGUGCAGUACAGUGAUGCACAGAGCGGUAAGGAUUUUGUGACCUAUCUGACUCUCUCCCCUGUGCAAAUGACUUUCCAUGGCACCGGGAGCACCCUCCAAGCCAGCCAUGACCAGCUGCCCUGUAACUCCGCCUUCAAGUGUUGCUGCUCAGAACAUCUAUACACACUUUUGUCUUCAGAAAAGGCUGCUCUAAGUGCCUUGAAACAGCUGUCUGAGCAGGGACUGGACCCGGUGGAUGGCCCCAUCAAGACCAGUGAACCAUGUGGGAGGGAGGACGGACAUUAAACAGACUAACUCAGGCACCACCACUCAGGUCUGCAAGGAUUCAAAGGCUGUCGUCUAGGAGCUGACAACCCCGAACCCCCUCCUUUGGCAUACACAAACCUUACAAACCCUCUCCACCGUUCACCCUGAUCUUCCAUAACCAACAACAACCUACACAGGGUCCCCACUACCCACAAUUCCCCCACCCUCUAUACCCCUCCACUCCACCCCUACCCCACGAUUGCCACUGUAUCCUGCAAAACCUGUCAACAAGCAAUAGGGUGGAUGUGCACCGAGAAAUGACUAAAACACCAUUACCUGAGUCUAUGUGAAGACAACGCUAUCCUAACACGUUUAUUGAUGAUUUCAAUCAAAAUUUAGAAAAUAAUAAAUAAAAUAAAUAAAUAAAUAAAUAAAUGAAGUACAAACUAAUGAGAUAAUUGCAUGGUACUGUAUGAAAUCAAGGGAAAUCCAAAGUGAUAGUCAAUUUUCCCUUUGGAUAAAUGUCUGUUGGUAUGGUUAAAACAAAUAUGUACGUCAUGCCAUUGAAAUACAAAAGAAACAUUUUAGGGGUGAAACCAACUUGCGUACAGUAGCUUAUUUUUUCGGGGGUAUUAUGUUUCAGUUAAUUUUUUUUCUUUUGUUAUUUUAUUAAUCUAACAAUGCUUGAGUACUGUAUUUAAAAUUAACCAAUGCCAGUGCUGUGAAAGUUGUAGUUGUUGUCUUCAUAUAUAGUCACCCAGCUUACCUUGUAUGCUGACAU